AUGGACCAAAGAGAGCUCGAGUCGCGCAUCAAGGCGCUCACCAAGAGCGUCAAUGCCAAAGAGGCGCCGGAAAAUGCCCUGCGCUUGCUGGAUUCGCUUAAGAAGGAUGCAGCGCCCACGGAGGAGAUGCUAAGGACGACUCGUGCCGGUGUUUUUGUCGGCAAGCUGCGAUCAAACCCCAACAAGGAGAUUGCCCGAUCCGCCUCCGAGCUGGUGAACAAGUGGAAAAAGCUCGUCGAGCAAGAAAAGAACUCGAAGCUGCAAAAGUCCAAGCUCGGCUCCCCCGCAUCCGGCGCCGCCUCCUCGCCCCCGAUCACCCCCAGCGCGGCGGCCGCGCCUGCUGCCGCGUCCCACAGCGUCAAGAAGUUCACCGGCAACCCCGAGACGCGCAAGUACGACGCCGACGGCGUGGACACGAAGCGGACCGACUCGACGGUGCGCAACAGCUGCAUCGGGCUCAUCUACAACGGCCUCGCCUACCGCUCCACCGCCUCCGAGUCGGACGUGCUCGCCAAGUCGGUCGCCGUCGAGGCCGCGGCCUUUUCGCACUUUAAAGGCGAGGGCGCCGACUACAAGAAGAAGAUCCGCUCCCUCUUCACCAACCUCAAGAACAAGUCGAACCGCGCGCUGGGCGUGAGCGUCAUGGCGAGCGAGAUCCCGCCCGAGCGCUUCGUCGCCAUGACCGACGACGACCUCAAGAGCGACGACCAGCGCAAAAAGGAGAUUGAGCUGGAAAAGGAGAAUAUGAAAAAGGCCCAGGUGCCCAUGGCGGAGAAGAGCAUCAGCGACAGCCUCGAGUGCGGCAAGUGCAAGAAGAAGAAGGUCAGCUACACGCAGGCCCAGACUCGUAGUGCGGAUGAGCCGAUGACGACGUUUUGCGAGUGCAUGAAUUGCGGUAACCGCUGGAAGUUUUCCUGA